UUUGGGGCGCUGAGGUCUGAAGCCAGCGUCACCCGGAGCCCGGCAUCGGCUUAGACCGACGGAGAAGGCAACCGAGGAGCAGGGCGCGGAGAAGAGACUAGGCGAGCGGAGCGGGGAAGCGGUGGUGGGCGAACACAACUUUGCCGGGCGGUCCGGGUCUGCAGCUCUCGGCGGGGCGCUCCUCCCGGGGGUCCCAGUAGCUGAUAGCCGAGUGCGCUACGGACGAGCGCCGGGCAGCCGGGAAGAUGAUGAUGAUGUCCCUGAACAGCAAGCAGGCUUUCAGCAUGCCGCACGCCGGCAGCCUGCACGUGGAGCCCAAGUACUCGGCUCUGCACAGCGCCUCUCCCGGCUCCUCCGCGCCCGCGGCGCCCUCAGCCAGCUCCCCCGGCAGCUCCAGCAGCACCGGCGGCGGCGGCGGCGGCGGUGGCGGUGGAGGCCGGAGCAGCAGCUCCAGCAGCACCGGCGGCAGCGGCGGCGGCGGCGGGGGCUCGGAGACGAUGAGGAGAGCUUGUCUUCCAACCCCACCGAGCAAUAUAUUCGGCGGGCUGGAUGAGAGUCUGCUGGCCCGUGCCGAGGCCCUGGCCGCCGUGGACAUCGUCUCCCAGAGCAAGAGCCACCACCACCAUCCGCCCCACCACAGCCCCUUCAAGCCGGACGCCACCUACCAUACCAUGAACACUAUUCCCUGCACGUCUGCCGCCUCCUCUUCAUCUGUGCCCAUCUCGCACCCGUCUGCGCUGGCCAGCACCCACCAUCACCACCACCACCAUCACCACCACCAUCACCAGCCGCACCAGGCGCUCGAGGGCGAGCUACUGGAGCACCUGAGCCCCGGGCUGGCCCUGGGAGCCAUGGCGGGCCCCGACGGCACGGUGGUGUCCACGCCGGCUCACGCGCCGCACAUGGCCACCAUGAAUCCCAUGCACCAAGCGGCCCUGAGCAUGGCCCACGCGCACGGGCUGCCCUCUCACAUGAGCUGCAUGAGCGACGUGGAUGCUGACCCGCGGGACCUGGAGGCGUUCGCCGAGCGCUUCAAGCAGCGACGCAUCAAGCUGGGAGUGACCCAGGCAGAUGUCGGUUCUGCGCUAGCCAACCUCAAGAUCCCGGGCGUGGGCUCGCUCAGCCAGAGCACCAUCUGCAGGUUCGAGUCCCUCACGCUGUCGCACAACAACAUGAUCGCUCUCAAACCCAUCCUGCAGGCGUGGCUGGAGGAGGCUGAGAAAUCCCACCGGGAGAAGCUCACCAAGCCGGAGCUCUUCAACGGUGCUGAGAAGAAGCGCAAGCGCACGUCCAUCGCGGCGCCAGAGAAGCGCUCGCUCGAAGCCUACUUCGCUAUCCAGCCGCGGCCCUCCUCCGAGAAGAUUGCCGCCAUCGCGGAGAAGCUGGAUCUUAAGAAAAACGUGGUGCGCGUCUGGUUCUGCAACCAGAGGCAGAAACAGAAAAGAAUGAAAUAUUCCGCCGGCAUUUAGGGACCCUUGAUCUCUCCGGGGACGGUCCUCUCUCUCCUCGUCCCCCUUUCUCUCCCCCUCCUCUCCCUCCUGCCUCUUUUCUUUCCACUUUUGGUGAUCAGAAACAAUUCCGGUAAAUGUGAAUCCAGAGAAAGCGAGGACUGAAGGAGCGAAGGAAGGAGCGAGCAGCUGAGCCCCAGUCAGGGAGAACGUGAACCUUUCCGCAAGGUGAAGAAAAACAAAGAUGGGAUUUGUCAAGUUGCAGCAAAGCAGUCCCUUUAACCCCACCUCGGCUUCCUCAGAAGAAGCAUGGAACUGGCUGUUUGCCGGAAGCCAGAGGAACAGCCUUUGAAAAGCCGGCUAGAAUGAGCAAGUAAGGUUUGUUUUUAUUCUUACAGACGUCACCCUUGUUCGAGUUUAAAAUUACACUUUGCAACUAUUUUUCAGAAAUAGAAAUUGAGUCAGGACUGAAACUCUAAACUAGAGUUGAUGCUUAAUGUGAUAGAGACAUCUCUAAAGUAUUUUGAAUUUAAAAAAAGAUGGCAGAUUUUCUGCAUUUACACUGUAUAUUAUAUAUAUAUUUUUAUUGUGGUUCAUACCCCCUUCCUUUUCUGAGGUGUUCAUGCUUAAGAAAGGAAUUGCGCCUGCUGUGUUCACUGAUCUUGAAAGCUACUAUUAGAUUAUUGCCGAACAACCCUCUGUAAAUUAUUAAUUUAUCUCUCUGGCGACUUAAUUUUGUGCACAUCCUAAUUAAUUAAACUUUAGUCUAAGAACAAAACCGAGGGAAACGUAUAGCUAGUGAUGCUCAACAAUUUUUUAUUUGGUAAGUUUCCUGAAUUCUUGCAGCUUUCCUCUUAGACUGUGUUGGCCUAUUUGUAUAUUCUCACUUUGAACGGAGAUUGCUUUUCAAUUUCUUUUAACUGGUAGUGUUCUGAUUUGUGAGUUGACACUCAGUAAUGGAUGUCUUAAUCGUGCAGACCUGAUUCACUGUCCGAAGUAUUGUUUACUUCCUUACAUAUUUAAUGGGGAUUCCCAUAUUGUCUCCA